AUGAUUAUGAGUAAUACAAGCGCGCCAAAAAAUGGUUUAAAAAAGUCAAUUAAUUUUUUCCGAUUUCGUACACCAAAGAAAGAUGCUGAAGACACACCACUCCGAUUAAAAAAAGGUUCAAAGUUAAAUGACAAUGAUUCUUCACAAGAUUCACUUACACUAGAUGCAUCACCUAUAGAAAGUCCAGUUGUAAGAUUUUUUAAAAAGGUGAAACCUAAACGAUCAGAAAGAACAAAAGAUACAGUUGAUAAUUCAUCAACAUUGAUUACAAAUGAUAAUCAGAACGAAAAAUCUACAGUCCAAGAUGAUCAAUUUGAUCUUUCUAAUGUGACGAAAAGAAAUCAGCAAUUACCUACGUAUAUCAGUGUGUCUGUUGCUUUGAAUGGUUAUCACUUACCGUCUCAAAAGAACAACUUAACUGUAGAAGAUUCAAUAGAAAAUACUACAAAUUCACAAAGUUCUCCUCAAAAAUAUGUUACAAAUAUAAGAAUUGACUCAGUUGCUGAACCAUUAGAAAUUGCAGAAAAAUUUUCAACUGAAUGGGGUACUGUAUCAAAUGAGACCCCUGAAGCAUAUAGAGAAUUAGCCGAUAUGAACAUAUCUCUUAUUGAUGCUAGAAAAACGUUGGCGAAAUCACUUUUGUCGGAACAAAAAGAAAUGAUGUGUGAUGAUUGUCAUACAACACUUCUUCAGGUCAAUGGACAUGGAGACAUGAUUACAAAAAAUAUUGGAAAAUUAUACAAGUAUAUAGAUAAUUGCUUAAAAGGCGUUCAAGGAUAUGGUGAAACAACGACCGUUAAUGAUCUCUCAAGUUUCUGGUAUGGAGUAAUUCAACCAGAAUUAGAUAAAUAUUCUAAAAUAUUGGAGAAAGCUGAUAAAUAUAGAGAUAAUAAUUACAAAGAAUUACAAGAGACAGAGGAUGUAAUCAAAGUUGUGAAAAAAGUUCGACCAAAACCUCCUACAGCUAAAAAGUGUGUGGUUGAAACUGAAAAAGUAAAACAACAAAAAGCGGCACUUGAAGAAAAAAGAAAAAAAUUUUUGCAAGAGAUGAAGAAAAAAGCUAUUUCAUCACGAAACAACGAAACACCAUCAGGGGAUAUAAUAUUUUAA